UUUUAUGUAAAGACUAAGCUGAUAGAGUUGCAGCGGUUCAGACGAAUGUUUGACGGGAACUGCUGUGCGGAGUUCCGUUUCUCGUAGGAGGAUUUUCUCACAGCACCGCUGUCGUCAAGUUGGAGAGUUUAAAUUUUUGUGCUAUUUUUGCAGAUUUGUCGUCAUUUAGGAAUGUCCACCUUGUUUCCUUCAUUGUUGCCACGGGUUACAGAAUCACUGUGGUUUAAUCUGGACCGGCCGUGCGUGGAUGAAGCAGAACUACAUCAACAGGAACAGCAGCACCAGACCUGGUUACAGAACAUUGCAGAGAAGGACAGUAACCUGAUGCCCAUUGGGCGACCCAUCUUUGAGACAUUUGAGGAGGAGGAGGAAGAGGAUGAUGAAGAUGAAGAAGACAGUGAGGAGGACUCAGAGGAAGAUGAGGACAUGCAGGACAUUGAUGACAUGAAUAUUUAUAACGAGUUUCCUGAUGAUGGAGAGAUUAAUGAGGUGGAUAUGGAGGGAGCGGAUCAGGAUCAGGACCAGUGGAUGAUCUAAAACAUUCAGAUCUCAGUCAGAUCGGCACUGAACCCAGAGCUGAUCUGAUCAUCCUGCAUCUCGUACAUCUCAGAUGUUUGAGCUGGUGAUCGAGUUUACACUGUAUGAUGCUGUGGAACCAUGCUGAGAUCAUUCAGGUGCUAGCAACCAACAAUUUGUACUGUUCAGGAAUAACCCACAUAUACAAAAACCCACACACACACACACACUUUUCAUUGUGUUCAUUUUACUUUAUACCUGUAAAUACAAACAACAAUAUUUAUUUCUGAUCAUAACCUGCAGUGUGUGAGGAACAUUGAGGAACAUUUGAUGUGAUGGAAGUGAUUACAUAAUAAAUAAAGUGCUUUUAUUCUCUCA